AUGUCAAGCAGAAGUAAAAGGUUUAGCUUUGCCCAACAAGAUGGAAGUAGCGAACGGCCUCCUUAUGGUGAUCGUCGAUACUCGAACUAUGGUGCAGAGAAACAACAGCAGAAUGUUGAUGACGAGAUGGAAGAAGUCGAGCAUGAUGAUUUCCCGAUGGAAGAAGAUCGAUACGAAGUAGAAAGCAUUAAUUCGAUGAAAACAGAAAAUGCAAGUGAGCUUCGCUGGACAAAAGAAACCUGGGAACCAAUUGAGAAUCUUGACGGAUGCGAAGAAAAACUCACAAAAUUCUAUCAAGUUAUGCGUGGCACAGAUCUCGAUGACAAAAAUGUCGAUAAACGAUCCUCAUAUCUUUCCGCAUUCUGGAUCAGUCAACAACAAAGCGAGCCUCAUAUACUUCGUGAGUACAAGAGCUCGAAAACCCUGGACGUAGAGGCAUACGACAAAUAUGUUCUAAAGAAAGGAAAGUCUAAAUCAGAGAGAAGUGAAGGCGGGCCAGAAAUUGCGGCCAUACCUUUCGUUGAUUUCCCCGCCACAAAAUUAAAAGAUUUCUAUUAG